CUGUCAAAUAAUGUAGCUGGUAGUGCCUCUACUGUAAUUUAUUUAUGUUUGAAUUAAAAAUUUGUAUGGAUAAUUUGUUGUUUAAUAAGCAUUAAUACAAGCAGAUAAAAGCGGAAAUUCUUCUCAAAGGCUCAACUAACUGCCUGCCUGAGACCAUCACUCUUCAAAUGUAGCAAGGUUGCAAUGAUGAAAUCCAGUACCUCACAUCAAAAAAACAUCCUUAAUACAGUUAUCUGUGUUUUGCCUGACAAUCGUCCCGUCACGUCAUUACAGUUGGUUGAAGAAUUUGAAAAAUGCCCUACAAAUUUUCAACCUAUUAAUAAAACGUAUGACCAGGACCAAGAUGCCGAUUUAUGGCGCGAAAAAAUGUUAAUCGGCAAACGGACAACACGAUAUUUGUGUCAAUCCAAAUCAGAAGGGUUACCUGGUUACAUAGUAGAGACACUAAAAAUAAUAAACGAAAAGGAAAUUAUUCCAGAGGGAUUUUCGCAGCUAACGAGAACAGCCGACACAGAACAAAAAGCAUGGCGUAAAAAACAACUUGUGUAUCGAUUAACUAAAAAAAGCUCAGCAAAGCAAGCGGUAACAGAUAUUAUUUUAUGUUCAAGGAUGCGUCAGGCACCGGACGGAUUUACACUAGCUGGUGAUAUAAACGGUAUUUUGGUGUGCUUCAAAAAGUCACCGGUUCCUCAUCGACCAUCUCCAAGUAUUCCAUCGCGAAACAUAAAUGACCUGGAAAAGACAAUAGAAAAUCUGAAGUUACAAGUAAAUUGUAACAAUGCCCUAUUUCAAUCUCAAGACUAUGAAUACGUGCAGCUGUCAUCAUCGUAUAAGCUUUCACCGAAACGAGCUGCUCCUAAACCACUUAUGUAUUCAACCGGAACAAUGUAUGUUCACACUGACGUUGAAGGUGUUCCAUUUUUGUUAAAUCCUGGUCUUAAACAAUAUAAUACACAUGUUCCAAUAAAAUAUGAUGUAACAGGAGUACAAUUACAGUACGAUUUUCAGUUAGAAAGACAAGUGCUAUGCACAACAAAAUCGCAAAACGACCAAGUAACAAAUCCAUUUUUUCAAUGAAGCUAUGAAAUAAAAUAGGUUAUAUUAUUUUUUUACAUGAA